AUGUGUCGGGAGCUCUCCUCGGCACACCAGAUCAACUGCAGCAGCGUACAAGCUGAUCUUCAAACCCCCGAAGAUGCGUCCCAGAAACUUGUACAGGCUGCGAGGAGUCUUUUCGAGUUGUACUCCCCAGGAAAGCCUCUCCAAAUCGACAUCUUGAUCAACAAUGCGGGCGUAUCGUCAAAUCAGCAUCUAAAUGAUGCGGAGCAAGGCGCCAUUGACGCAACAGAAUUCAACCGGGUCUACACAGUAAAUGUCCUGGCUCCCCUCUUGAUCACGCAAGCUGUGGCCCCAUACCUUCCCACUGACAGGUCGGGCCGUAUCGUGUCUGUCUCCAGCGUAUCUUCUUCCAUCGGCUACCAGGGCCAGUCCGUUUACGCAGGAAGUAAAGCAGCCGUAGAGUCGAUGACUCGUGUCUGGAGCCGAGAACUCUGCGAGCGGGCUACUGUUAACGCCAUCAACCCUGGCCCCGCAUGGGGAGACAUGUAUAAAGAAGCAGGACCAGCCUUCUGGGACAUCAACCAGCCGUAUGUUGAUGCGGCACCUUUGGCCGCAUACAAUAGCGAGGCUAGUGUCCUGGCCAUGGCCGGACCAGAUGCUUAUAUGUUUGAUGCAGUGGUCCAGGGCCCGAUGAAAGGCAGGCGACCUGCAUUCACCAUUGAAAUCGCCGGGACUGUCGACAUGCUCUGUUCGCCGGAGAGUGCUUGGACUACCGGAAGCGUCAUCUGUGCGAAUGGGGGUAUGAAAAUGUCCAUUGCUUAA